GAGGGAUAAUAAGCAAAAUUUUACGAAAAGAAAAAGGGGGAUACGAAAUAACCAUAGUGGAUGCAUCGAAUGAACGCCAAGUAAUUGAUAUUAUCCCUCGAGGUCUAGAACUUCUUGUUUCAGAGGGCGAAUCCAUUAAACUCGAUCAACCAUUAACGAGUAAUCCUAAUGUGGGUGGAUUUGGUCAAGGGGAUGCGGAAAUA